AUGCUUGCAAGUUUACCAUACAAAAAUUUUGAAUGGUAUAAUGAUUUGACAUUAGACGUUACUACUAUAGAUGACGAUGCACCUAUUGGUUAUAUACUGGAAGUGGAUGUGGAUUACCCCGAAAAAUUACAUGAUAUUCAUAGCGAUUUACCUUUUUUGCCACACAAUAGUUGUCCACCUAAUUCUAAGAUUAUUAAACUGCUGACAACUUUAAAUAAUAAAUCAAAUUAUGUCGUUCAUUAUAGAUUGUUAAAGCAGGCAAUUCACAACGGAUUAAAAGUUGUAAAAGUUCAUAAAAUAAUUAAGUUUGAUCAAUCAAAAUGGUUAGCCCCUUAUGUUGAUAAAUGCACUAGUAUGAGGGUCUUGGCAAAAAACAAGUUUGAAUAUGAAUUUUGGAAAUUACUCGUGAAUAGUGUCUAUGGGAAAUGUAUGGAGAAUCCGCGUAAAAGAUUGGAUAUAAAGUUGGUAUCAGAUGAUCGAAAAGCUCAUAGGCUAAUGAGAAAACCUAAUUUCAUAGAUAGAACUAUAUAUAGCAAUGAGUUAAUGUCUUUACAUUUUCAAAAAGAAAAGAUUAAAUUUGAUAAACCAAUCUACGUGGGAUUUUCUAUUUUAGAUAUAUCGAAAACCUAUAUUUAUAAUUUCCAUUAUGACGUAAUGAAAAAUAAAUACGGAAAAAAAAUAUCACUAUUAUACACUGAUACCGAUUCAUUAAUAUAUCGUAUUAAAACAAAUAAUUAUUUUAAUGAUUUAAAAUUUGAUUUAUUGAGUCAUUUUGAUACUUCUAAUUUUCCAAUUAGUCACUUUUGUUACAGUGAUAAACAUAAGAACACCCCAGGAUAUUUUAAAGACGAAUUGAAGAGUGAAAUUAUGACGCAAUUUGUAACGCUAAGACCCAAAUUAUAUGCUUAUACAAUAUUUUAUCAAAGUUCAGUAUACAAAAUUCCUCACAUUUGGAUGCACAAAAUGGUGAAUCUAGUCAAAUUAAUGCAUACUGUGAUAUUAACUCAAUACAGGCAACAAAACAUAAUGUUUAUUCCAAAACAACCAGAAAAAUAG